CAAAAACUGUCAUUGCUAAGUGUCAAAUAAACAGAUAAGAAUCAAAUUUUUAGUUAAUCUUAAAUCUGUUCUUUUUUAGCAGGUUUUGUAAAAAUUAAUAAGAAGAAGCGUAUUUCGAAUCGAUAAAUUAUGCAAAACGUUAUUAAUAGUGUUAAGGGAACCGCUUUAGGUGUUGCGGAAUAUUUAACGCCGGUUUUAAAGGAAUCGAAAUUUAAGGAGACUGGUGUUUUAACUCCGGAAGAAUUUAUUGUGGCUGGAGACCAUUUGGUUCAUCAUUGUCCCACCUGGCAAUGGUCUCCGGGCGACGAGUCUAAAACAAAACCUUACCUACCCAAAGACAAACAAUUCUUAAUUACACGCAAUGUACCUUGCCCUCGCCGUUGCGAACAAAUGGAAUAUCAAGAAGAAUUCCAAAGAGUGAUUGAAUCGGAUGAUGCUGAUAAUGGAUGGGUGGACACUCAUCAUUACGAUCCGAAUAUUUCAAAUUUAGAUGAAAAGAUUAAUGAGAUGAAUUUGGAAAAAGAACCUGAGAAAUCUGAGAGUAUGGAAGAAGCUGCACUGAAAACUGAAAAAGACGACGGGAGCGGUGACGAAGAUGAGGAAGAUGAAGAGGACGCCGAGGAUAUGGAAGCCUUUGAGGAAAGCGGAAUGUUGGAAGGUGAUGUGGGGGCGAGAGUUUUACCGGGAAAGAUUGAGAAUAAAGUUAAGGGUGGUGAAGAAAUUGGAGAGAUUGUUCAUACAAGAACUUACGAUUUGCAUAUAACUUAUGAUAAAUAUUACCAAACUCCGAGGAUUUGGUUAACCGGUUAUGAUGAGAAACACAAACCAUUAACGAUUCAAGAAACUUACGAAGAUGUUAGCAAAGAUUAUGCUAUGAAAACUGUUACAAUGGAGACUCACCCCCAUUUAUCUGUUCCCAGAAUGGCUUCAGUUCAUCCAUGCAGGCAUGCUGAAGUUAUGAAGAGCAUCAUAGAAACUGUUACGGAAGAUGGAGGUGAAUUAGGAGUUCAUAUGUACUUAAUAAUUUUCUUAAAGUUUUUGCAAAGUGUUAUUCCGACGAUAGAAUACGAUUAUACUCAAAGUUUUACUAUGUAAAUGUUAAAAAAAGCACAUUACUUUUUGUUGUU